AUGGUGUCGCGGUCCAACGAGGGGCCCGAGGGGCACGCCCCGGCCUCCAGAAUGCCCGGCACGCCCGCCAAAGGACGCCUCACGAGACUCGGCUCCAGCCCUUCGAAAAGAGAUGAGAAACCAAAGGAUGACAGGAUGGGAAAGACUUCGGCAAAAGAUGUUGCAGAACUCAAGGAUUAUCAACUGGGUGACUGCUUGGGUCGUGGUGCGUUCGGGUCGGUAUACAGGGCACUCAACUGGAACACCGGGGAAACUGUUGCUGUGAAACAAAUCAAGCUCGUGGAUUUGCCAAAGAGUGAAUUGCGGGUUAUUAUGUUGGAGAUCGAUCUCCUGAAGAACUUGGACCACGCAAAUAUUGUGAAGUAUCAUGGCUUUGUAAAAUCGGUCGAGACCCUCAAUAUCAUUCUUGAAUACUGCGAAAAUGGCUCUCUACAUUCUAUUGCUAAAAAUUUCGGGCGUUUCCCGGAGACUCUGGUCGGAGUGUAUAUGUCCCAAGUCCUACACGGCCUCCUUUACCUCCAUGACCAAGGUGUUAUCCACAGAGACAUCAAAGGCGCAAAUAUCCUCACAACAAAGGAGGGUCUUGUCAAGCUCGCGGAUUUCGGCGUGGCUAGUCGAACGACCGGACUAAGCGAAUCCAGCGUUGUCGGCACUCCGUAUUGGAUGGCCCCCGAGGUAAUCGAACUAUCAGGUGCCACGACUGCGUCAGAUAUAUGGAGUCUUGGAUGUACCGUCAUUGAGUUGCUUGAAGGAAAACCUCCAUAUUAUAACCUUCAACCUAUGCCGGCUCUUUUCCGCAUCGUUAAUGACGACCAUCCUCCUCUUCCGCAAGGCGCCUCUCCAGCUGUAAAAGACUUCUUGAUGCAGUGUUUCCAGAAAGAUCCCAACCUUCGCGUGUCCGCGCGAAAACUUCUCAAACACCCAUGGAUCGUCAAUGCUCGAAGAUCCGAUUCGGUAGUUCCUAAAAAGUCAACUGAGUAUGAAGAAGCCGUGAAAAGUGUCCAAGAAUGGAACGAAGCCCUGCGGUCGCCUGAACCAGCUGCUUCGAGGAGAGUGCCUAGAAGUGACAGCCAAAACCCACCAUCUUUACGGCUUGACACUCGGUACACGCCAACCAAAGACACGCUUCCAAGCCCAGUAUCCAGACAUGUCGCGGAUAGAUUCAGGUCACCUAAUUCUACAGAAGAAGACAAUUGGGAUGAUGAUUUUGCUACUGCUAUUUCUCCAAGUGCUUUACAGCUACCUCACCUUCGACCACAUGACAACUUCGGAGGAAUGCUUUCCUCCGAGAAACUAAAAGCAUUCGCAUCACUCGAUGGCACGGUUUUAAAGUCCGAUGACAGCUUUGAGGAGUUCGACGACCCCUUUGGGAGAUCUCUGCAGGCCGGAGAGCCAGAUCCCCUAAAGACAAUCCGACCUUCACCCUCACAACAGACAGGCACGGGAACACCACAGGGUAAGAGCGCACAUUACGGUCCACAGAUGAGGCGCGGCCCACCUUUGAAUACCUCCAUAAACCCAAGUCACGGUGGGCAAAUGACUCAGAAUUCGUCAUCUCCUAUUCGGCAACAGCGUCCGCCGGGGUUUUACAAGGAGAACGCGGUUGAAGAUUAUUCGGAUAUCAUUAUAGACAACGAAGACGUCCUUGACCGCAAGAUAAGUGCGUUUCAAGAGAGCGAUGAUAAUACAGACUCGCCGGAGCCAGCAAGGUCCAGAGAAGUUGUCCGGUAUCAGGGCUCAUCAGACCAAGAAGAUCAACCUCAACUUGGAAGACAAAUAUCCGUAAAGCGAUACCGUGGUGCCGUCGAAAUCCAGCAGUUUGCCGAGAAUGAGAACGACGAGGACUUCUCUGAUAUACUAGGCGUGGAUGGAGUCACGCUGGACAGAACUGAAAGCAAUGACAGCUCAAACAAGAGUACUCUGAUGCUAAACUCGAAACUAUCAAACAACAACUCUUGGCUAGGUGACCAAGAUGACGAGGACGACCCUUUUGCGCAGCUCGAAGAAGGGCUUGAUGAAACGGAUCUCGAGGCCAAUAUCGCACGUGACAAACAUGCUCGACUACGAAACCAAGUAGAAGGGCUGGUUGGGUCUUUGAAAACGUCACAGGAUGAAGAAGUGCUGGGAGAAAUAUCCGAGCAACUCCUGGCUGUUUUCUGCGAUUUCCCAGAAACGAAAAGCAUCAUCAUUAGCGCCCAUGGCAUGCUGCCGAUACUGGAAAUCCUUGACUUAUGCCGCCGACGCGAUAUCACCUUAUGUCUACUGAAAAUCGUGAAUGCGAUUAUUUAUGAUGAUUACGAGAUACAGGAAAAUCUCUGCUUUGUCGGAGGCAUCCCCAUUAUCAACGAGUUUGCCGCGAAAAAGUAUCCUACAGAAAUACGGCUUGAAGCGGCAGCGUUUGUCCAGCAGAUGUAUCAAACAUCUACUCUAACUCUCCAAAUGUUUGUCAGCGCAGGAGGUUUAAACGUCUUGGUUGAGUUCUUGGAGGAUGACUAUGAGGAUGAACGGGACCUUGUUCUGGUUGGGGUAAACGGUAUCUGGAGUGUCUUUGAGCUACAGGGUUCUACUCCCAAAAACGACUUUUGCAGGAUUUUGUCUCGCAGCGCUGUCUUGGAUCCUUUGUCUCUUGUUCUGAGCCGAGUACUAGAUGAAGAGGGCGAAUUGGCCGAGGUCGUGGAGGGACGUAUCGCAAAUAUCUUCUUCAUUUUCUCGCAGGCCGAGAACCAUGUCAAGGAGAUGGUAUCCGAGCGCACAGUUCUACAUAGGGUAUUGAAGGAGUUGAAGCGCAUGACGCCUGCCCACCAGAUAACUAUGCUCAAGUUCAUCAAAAACCUAUCUAUGUUAUCAACGGUACUCGAUUCCCUUCAGAACUCGAACGCGAUUGACGUGUUAACCGACCUCUUACGAUCAACUAUGAAACGCCCACAUUUCCGGGAGGUUUCCAACCAGAUUCUAAAUACCAUUUAUAACAUGUGUCGCCUCAACAAGUCACGACAAGAAGAUGCCGCUUUGAACGGCAUCGUGCCUCUGCUCCAGAAAAUCGUGAAAACCGAACGUCCACUCAAAGAAUUUGCGUUGCCUAUCCUGUGCGAUAUGGCUCAUUCUGGGAAGGUCGGUCGGCGGGAGCUAUGGCGGAAUAAGGGUCUUGCGUUUUACAUCUCAUUACUUUCCGAUCCGUAUUGGCAGGUGACCGCAUUGGAUGCUAUCUUUAUAUGGCUUCAAGAGGAGACCGCCAAGGUUGAAGAGCAUCUAUUGGAGCAUCGCUACGACCAGCCCUCGUUCACUGAUGCAAUUAUAAGGUGCCUGACACUGUCGAAAGCAAACGCGUUUGAGAACAUCCUUGAGCCUCUUCAAAAGCUUCUCCGGCUCAGCCCUCCCAUCGCGUCGACCCUAGCGCGCCCAGAUCUUUUUAGCAGGAUAGGACAGAAACUGCACCAUCACAAGGCUGCAGUUCGUUUGAAUCUUCUGCGCAUUAUAUCCAGCAUUUGUGACUCGAGUGAAGAACAAAGUGGAUUACUCGAAGGAUACGGGCUCUUGGACGCCAUUCGAGAACUCGAGCAUGAUUCUGCUAUUCUAGUCCGCGACAUGGCAGGGAAGCUUAUUCAGUCCAACGAGAAAAGUGAUUCGUAUGGUCUAGGUAAGCUAAAGCCAAAUGCUAGAAGGGGAAGCACCGCUGCAACACCGCCUGGCCUUCUUGCCAACCAGUCUGCACCUGUUACUCCCCAAAUGAGCAGACAAAACCAGUCGAAGGGAUAUUUCGAUGCUCGAGAAACACAACGGCGCCCACGCACAGCACUGAGUGGCUCUGCAUUGGCCCUCCGGCCUGGGAGCAGAGAUGGGCCAUCCCCGAGUAUUGCAGGUGUCAACGGAGGUUCUGGUGCUUCAAGAAACAGGAUACCUCGCGGAGUGGCUAAUAGACUGUCGCACGUCGAACUGUUAGGUGGCGACGAUAAUCGACCGCCGAGUUCCAUAUCUCGUCGGCCCUCGAUUCUCCCACGGCGGCGGCGGUUGACACAGCAAGAGACUGAGCGGGCACCAUAG